AACAAACUAAAGGCCUGAGCUUCUUAUCAUCCUUCUAUUAGGUUGUUGUAAACAAUUAAAAAUCCUUAUUAUACAUAUGAUGGAACAUUUAGCACUAUUAUCUUUAUUUCUGGGAAUUCUGGCUCUGUCAAAUAUCGCGGAAGAAGUUUAUGCCGACAGUCCAUAUAAAUAUUUUGAUUUGAAUUUAACAUAUGGAAUUAUAUCUCCUCUUGGAGUUCGCCAAAGGGGUAUUCUUAUAAAUGGACAAUUUCCUGGUCCAACAAUUGAUUGUGAUACCAACGACAAUAUAUUUAUCACGGUCCAUAAUAAUUUAGACGAGCCAAUUCUAAUCACAUGGAAUGGGGUUUGGCUAAGAAAGAUGUCUUGGCAAGACGGUGUACUUGGAACGAACUGUCCCAUUCAACCAUACUCAAACUGGACAUACAGAUUUCAAGCCAAGGAUGAGAUAGGUAGCUAUAUGUACUUCCUCUCCACUGCAAUGCAUCGAGCUGAUGGAGGUUUUGGUGCUUUCAAUAUUCAUAGAAGACCUGUCAUUUCACUUCCUUACCCUGUUCCUGUGGGUGAAUUUACCCUCCUUGUUGGAGAUUGGUACAAUGAAAAACGUCCUCAGUACAUAAAUGGAGCAGCAUUUAUGCUAAAACAUAAGUUGGAUUAUGGUUAUGGUAUGCCUAUGCCUGAUGGUUUGCUGAUCAAUGGGAAACCAAGCAAAACCAUCUUCUCUGGUAAAACAAAGAAAACUUAUUUGGUUCGUGUGUCCAAUGUUGGAAUUAUGACUUCCAUUAACAUAAGGAUUCAAGGACAUAAAUUGAAGCUGGUUGAGGUGGAAGGUUCUCAUGUACUUCAGGAAACUUAUGACUCACUUGAUGUUCAUGUGGGUCAAUCUUUGGCUUUUUUGGUUACCCUAAAUGGCCCUGUUAAGGACUAUUACAUUGUGGCUUCCACUCGGUUCACUAAGAAGACAUUAAAGGCUUCAGCAAUCCUACAUUAUAAAGGUUCUAAGGUUAAAGCUUCUGGUCCAUUACCUGUUGGUCCUACUUAUCAAGUUCAUUGGUCUAUGAAACAAGCUAGAAGCUUCAGAUGGAAUCUUACUGCAAAUGCUGCAAGACCAAACCCUCAAGGAACAUUCCGUUAUGGAGGAAUCAAGAUAACAAAGACAAUAAUAAUGGGAAAUUCAGCACAGAAGCUUAAAGAGAAAUUCAUUGACAAGCUGUAUUAUGGAGUUAACAAUGUUUCCUAUGUAAAUCCAACCACACCAUUAAAACUGGCUGACUAUUACAACAUUCCUCGUGUAUUCAACCUUAAGACUAGCAGGAAUAAACCUACGCCCGGUCCUAUGAUCCGAGGCACCGCUGUUUAUGGGUUGGAACUUCAUGAUUUUGCUGAAAUCAUCUUCCAAAACGAUGAGUCCACAAUCCAAUCUUGGCAUCUUGAUGGCCACAACUUCUUUGUUGUUGGAUUUGGUGCAAACAAAUGGAGUCCACAAAUGAGGAGUAAGUAUAAUAUGGUGGAUGCAGUCUGGAGAAGUACAGUCCAGGUGUAUCCAAAUGCAUGGACGGCUAUACUAGUAUCACUGGAUAACAAAGGAAUGUGGAAUUUGAGGUCAACAAUUUGGCAUAGGCAAUACCUUGGUCAGCAAGUUUACCUACGAGUAUGGAAUAAUGAAAGAAGCAUCAGAACAGAAAAUGAAAUUCCUUCAAAUGUUCUCAAAUGUGGAAAGGCAACUAAUUAUUAGAUCAUGCUUACUCUUUCAGUUCUCCUUUAUCAAUGUAUGUACAAAAAUAUAUCAUACAAUAUAAAAUAUAAUAAAGAUUGAUGUUGGAAA